AUGGCUGAUUCCACAGGUCUUGUGAAUGAUGUCGUUGAAGAUUACGGUUAUCCGUUUAAAAUAUACAAUGUUGAAACAGAAGAUGGGUACAUUCUGCAAAUACAUAAUAUACCUUUUGGACGAAACGUAUUAAAAGGGACUCCUAAAAAUAAUAAACCAGUGGUUCUCGUCAUGCAUGGAAAUUUAGGUUCUUCAGCAGACUGGGUUUUAACUGGUCCCAGUAACGGUUUAGCUUUUCUUUUGGCUGAUAGCGGCUACGACGUAUGGCUCGGAAAUAAUCGAGGGAAUACAUACUCUAAAAAUCACACGAUGUUUCUGGAAACAAGUUACGGAUUCUGGGAUUUUAGUUGGCAUGAAAUGGGAAUCUAUGAUUUGCCAGCAAUGAUAGAUUUCAUUUUACAAAUUACUGGCCAGAAGCAACUAUUCUACAUAGGUUAUUCACAAGGAGGGACUCAGUUCUUCGUUAUGAUUUCGAUGAAACCUGAAUAUAAUGACAAAAUUCGUUUAGGAGUGACAUUUGCUUCAGCUGUAUUCCUUGGAAAUACAAAAGGAGCACAUGGCAACCGUUACGUAAAGGCGUUUACGUUGGAGGGUCAAGGUGUUAUAACUGUUUUACAGAGAAAUAGUCUUCUGUCUUAA